UUGUCUCAAAUCGCAAGAAACUUUCGUUGUGAGCGGACGUGGUAUUUUUCGGUUGCUAUCCGAACAUUUUUUGUUACGCGGGCGUAACCAACAAAUAAAUGCUAAAUACAUAGUCCAGCGGCAGUUGCUUUUUCACAGCGUUCGCGUUCUAUGCUGAUCUAUAUUAUUUUGGACAUAUUUCUUAGUUCUCCCCUAUAUUCGAGCAUUGUGCAAGCGAAAAGUGAAAUGAAAGAUUGAGUGUAUUAAGUGACGAGCAAACACAAAUUCGUCGCCGUCGCCGUCACCGUUCACAUGUGUAAGCCGUAUCAAAAUAUAUAUUCAAGUGGAAUAACGGCACACAAAAAGUGCGAAUUUCAGUAGUGAAGAAUAAUUACGAUUUAAUAUCAAUAAUCGCAAUGUGAAUCGUUAAAUAAAUGUGAAUGAAACCCUCAUACAUAUCAACAAAUUGCAAUACACCAACAUAAUCAACGUAAAAUUGGUGUGAUUUAUACAAUAAGCCUUAAAGGAUAUAAUGGAAUAAUAACCACAUCAAUGAAAGUGCAUAUCAAAGCAAUCGAAACACCACCAAAAUCAUAUCAUAGCUAAAAUCUCUCGAGUGAUACAAAGGAAUUCGACUUUACCGCCAAGCCAAGCCUAGUCAAUACGUAUAAUAAUAAUUAUAUGUAUUUAUUGUACAUAUGCAAUCAUAGAUGCACAUGAGUUAACGUUAACUGUAAUUGGAAGGAAGUCAGACUCAGCCCGAAUACUAGCCCACCGCACAUAUCACAAAGCAAUCGAGUCGUCGACCGAGUCGAGCCCUAUGAGUGCGUCUGAAUAAAGUUGAUUAACUCAAAUAAUGCACAUUCGAUAAUAUCGAUGUUACCAAAAGAAUUGAUGUCCCUCCAUGAUAUUCCAAAGCGAAAAGAAAAAAAAACUAUGGCGUUAUGCGUCAAGAAACAACCCGGCUACGUGCGAUGCGGAUGGGAUACCGACACCCAUGCAGCAACAACAGCCGCUGCACCCUCCACAUCAACGCCACCUUCAGAGUUGCGGCAGCUUCUGUUGCUGCUACGCGGAUCAGUCUUCGCUGAUGAUGAUGCGGCAGCCGAACAGCCCGUCCCCACCACCGUACAGUUCAAUACCCUCCAUAGACUGCUCAGGCUCCUAUCGCCCCACCCACAACCAGCCCCAGCUGCAGCUGAUGUGCCACCCAAGUGGGCAAGAAGACAUUUCCGUGUCCGCCUCGGCGACCGAAGAAUCGAACUAUUCCUAUAUAAAAGAUGGAUGCAGUUACGCAAGCUCUGGCGCCGGCAUGUUGGUCGACGAAAACAGGUUCUGUCCGGAGUGGGCUCUACCGAUGUCGGCGGCUGUGCCGAUGCCGAUGCCGAUGCCGGCUUGUUCCAAUGCACAUUCAACGACAGCCGCGGCUACCUUUGCCACGACAGCGGCGAAGAUGUUUCGCAACUGCUGUGGCGGCGGCGGAGACAGCAGCAGCAGCAGCAACAGCAGCAGCGGGACGACGACAGACUUCGGGAACAGAUUCUUUUCGAAAGCGAACCCGGUGCAGAGCAAACGCCACAGUCAGAGCCGACAGCGCACAGCCUCAUCCACACCCACCUGCCCAAUGCAUACCCAGUCGCCCACGUUGUCCCCAGCCGGGGCCGGGUCAAUGUCAGCGACAGCCUUGCGUCUAGAGACGGUGCACCAAAACUUCGAUGCAUUGCUAAAGAAGCUCAAGAGCAAACAGAUAGCCGAUCUACUCCAGGCCGUAAGAAGUCGCGUGGAUCCGCCUCACAAGCGCGACCCGCCAGACACGUCGAGCUAUCUGCAGUGCAUCCUAAUCAAGUGCAGCUUGCCCAUCGACAAGGGGCAACAUGUGACCACGUGCCAGCUUUUUCUUUGGUCCGACCUCAUGGAUGCCGGCGAGCUAAGGCGUCUGCCCACUUGCCCCAGUGCUCGGGACUCCGUCUAUAUCUGCUGCAAUCCACUGCACUGGUAUCGGAUAAACUAUCCAAUCGAUUCAGAGUCCGCACCCCCGCCGUAUCAGCGAUCAAAAAUGCUGAGACUGAGAGAUCAAGAUACCGAGGAAUACAUUCAAAACAACAACGAAAGCUCGUCGAUGACUGCGUGGGCCGUGCAGAGCAAUAGGAACAACAACAGCAACAGCAACAGCAUCAUCAAACAAUCGGAGUCCCAGUUGUAUGUGCCGAGUCUUGAGUCUUUUACCACUGAUGGAAAAGAUCACAGCGCGAAUAAUAAUGCUUGGUGCCAGAUUGCCUAUUGGGAACUAUCGCAGCGUGUUGGAGACCUGUUCCACGCCAGGAGGUUGGCAGUUAAUAUCCACACAGACGGGCCAGUGGACUGCACUGGAGAGAAUAUGUGCCUACGCGAAUUUUGUGGGAAGCAAACAUCGUCGGAUGCAGUCCAAAAGACGCGUCUGAAGAUCGGUCUGGGUGUGACCCUAAGUCUGGAGUGUGGGGACGUGUGGAUCUACAAUCGAAGCAAUGUGCCGAUAUUUGUGGACUCGCCAACGCUUGCCGAGCGCUUGGACCGGGUGUGUAAAUUGAUGCCUGGCUAUUGUCUCAAAGCCUUUGAAACACACAGGGCUCAAUGGCUGGCCGAAAAGCAGAUGGAACAGACCCAUUUAGGGCCAAUCGAUCGGUUUAGUAUGAAGAUCAGUUUCGCCAAGGGCUGGGGUAACAUGUAUCGUCGACAGGAUAUUAUGUGCUGUCCCUGCUGGCUAGAAGUGCACUUCAGCCAUCUGCGGUGACAUUGCCAGUCACCAGCUGAUGCUCAUAGCUGCGCAGCAGCGGCAGCAGCAGAAGUGUUACUUGUACCGGGAACAGCCAGCACUAGCCCGAUGGGCAGCAAGCCCCAUGUGUACUACCGGCAGCAACAGCAGCUUCAGCUAGUUUAGAAGAUGCGCAUGAGACUGGGUUAUGUAAGCAUGUACAUUAAGAUGACUCCGAGCAGCAAUUGGCACAAGGAGUUCGAAAUUGCAGCAAGCAACUAAUCAUAAGGGGCAACAAUGGACUGCAAAUUAUAUACUUUAAAAAGUUAAACUUAAUUACGAAAAGUGUUUCAAUUAAUUGCUAAAUGCCACAUCGAAAUUAACUUAUGUGUAAAGCAUGCGCAGCGACGGAGCUAGGAGUGUUAAAUUCAUAUAGUUAUUGAUUGUUGAACAUAGUAAAAUUAAAAUCCUGUGAUUCACUCUACAUGUACAUUUGCAUAUGUAUUAAGUAUGUAUGAAUGCAAUGAGCGAAAAUGUCAAAUGUAUGUACAAACACUAAAUACAUGUACAUAUCCUAUUUUAAAUUGUAUAUACAGAUGUACUUAAGAAAGAUAGGCAAAAAGCGGAUGUAGUCGAUAUAGCAAUGGCAGCACAUACAACUUCAAUGAUUUCCUAAACAGUCACCCCAAAAAUUAUGGCUUUAAAUUCAUAUUUCACAUUUUUUAAGGAAAUUACAAAAGUACAAAUUUUGUAGCCAGAUUAUGUUUGUAUUCGUUUGUAUAAAUUGAGAAAAGGUUCAGUGUGUUUGAUCUUUGGUAGUUAGCAUACAUAGCCAUGCUCAAACUCUCUGAUAUUUUUAUUCAAUUCGAAUAGUAAUUAUUUAACUUUCGGCGAAUUUUGUAAAUGAUAUAAUUCGCGUUUUAGUUCUUUAUCCACCCGAACCCAAAACUCAGUUGCCUUUCAAUCUGACGGAAAUGCAAGUUUGAGUAAGACGAAAGGGUUUUCGCAAUAUAAUAGCCAAAAGAAUUGUAUGAAGUUGUUGUAAUGCAAGGGAAAAUGUCUAAAUUCGAUUACACUGCAGGACACCUGUAAAUAUUGUUGUGGUACCGACUCCUCCUAUGAAUUACAAACUAUGAACCAUCAGAAAUUACCUACGCAUACAUACAUACAUAUGUGAACCUGUACAUUUUAAUUCCAAAAAUUUAUUAUUAUAAUAACUAUACGCCCUUUUAUGAAACCCAUAAGUACGUACGUAUGAGUACAUGAGUAGUAAAAACUAAUUUUAAAAACAGCUUGGACUUGGGUCAUUUUGAGUGUAUUAUGUAUGUAUGCAUCUGCUGAUGUACGCUCAUGCAUACUUGCUUACGUAUGUGUGGCUGUAUGUUCGUAUGCUCAUACUGACAGCAUUUUCAAAAUGAUCAAACAUUAAUUGAGCGUUAAUAGUUGUAGUUGUACUGUUAAGUUUUAAGAAAUAUUUUGUAAUAAAAUUUAAACUUAUAUACAGAUUUUGAUUUUUCACUGUCAUCUUUGUAUUUUGCUAUCCACUCAAUGUUACUCAAUGCCAUAAUUAAUAUUAUAAGAGUUUGUAAUUCGUUUUAUCUAAAUGUAUUAUUUAUAUUAUUUACUAUUUCAAUAUUUAAGUGCUUGAAAGUAUCCUUUUUAGCACAGUCACAAAUAUUAAAAUUAUGAAAACAGAUAUUGCAUGUUCAAUCUUGCAACCCAAGCUAAAACCAUUCACUUUCAAUAUUUUACGUAGUAUAUGUAUAUCUUUCUGCUCGGUUGUCACGCCUCAAUGGGUUGGGGAUACUACAAAGUUACAUCUACGGCUGACACUGUGUACAAAUAUAUGUAUGUAUACAUCUAUAGAAUGUUUUCACCAAACAUCGAAGGCUUUAGCAAAUUGUUGAUCCAAGUUGAACAAUAUUUUACGAGAUCGCCGUUAAAAGGCUUUGUAGUUGCGCAAAGAGCAGUUCCGUUACUUUUAAAUUGAACUUAACAGUUAUGCUGGGACGUCACAUUUUCGGCUUCUGUUCUGUUCUGUUAUAUGACCUGAACCACUAACCAUAGAACCAUAGAAUCGCUUUACACUACUUGUCCGGUCUAUGUGUUUUAUGGUUAGUGCCUGAACCACUACCCAUGUAUGCUGAAAGUUCAUUGUUAAAAGACCCUCAAUCGUGGUGUCAGUCUAUGUGGUAUAUGGCUAGUAAUUUCAGUUUGGUCCUGCAAUGGCACAAUGGUUUUAAAAAGUAUGUAACAGGCAGAAGGAAUCAUCGCAGACCCCGUAAAGUAUAUACAUAUAUUCUUGAUCAGGGCCACGAGCUGACUCGUGUUGAUUCCGAAAAUGUGACGUCACUGUCACUGUUAUUGUUGAAACUGUUAGUGUCAAGUAGACAGUUCGCUUUGCAGAACCUAUUAUUACUCAAUGUCGCUCAUUCGCGGGUUAGUGGCAACACAAUGAAGCUGCGUAAGGACGGCGGGUUCUAGCAGACGCUAAUAUAAGAUAACUACACCAAAGAGCAAACUAAAUAUUUUCAACAUGCACAAAAUGCAGAUGAUUGAUGGCUCUGUUUGUUGAACGUAAAGCGAUAUAUAUAAGUGGAAGUAUUAAAACAACGGAAUCUUAAUAGCUACAUGAAUUAACGCCGUUUCCCAAUUCGCCGUAAAAAUUAAUUUCGCAAGAGACGCGACACCGAUUUGCAUUUGAUAGGAGCUGAUCAUAAAUCUGAAGUAGAAGAAGAAUGGAUAUCGGGGUUAGGAACAUAAAAGCGUUUGAUGGAGAGAAAUAUUACAUUUGGAAGAUUCGAGUAAGGGCUCUUUUAGAAGAGAACGAUCUAUUAAGAGUAAUUGACGAAGAACAAGUGGACCUAUCGGAUGCGAUGAAGAGCGCACAAGCAAAGGCAAGGAAGAUUAUCAUAGACCACUUGAGUGAUUCUUUCUUGUGUGUUGCCAAUAAUGAAAAUAAUGCUAAGCAAAUUUUUGAAAAUUUAGAUUCCAUUUACGACCGAAAAAGCGUAUCAUCAAUGCUCUCAUUACUAAGGCAACUAUCGGCUCUAAAGCUAGAGGGAGAUACACCGCUACUAAAAUAUUUUAAUUUGUUUGACAACCUUAUACUUAGUGUGCCGUGCGUAAAGUUAGACGAAAUAGACCAAAUCGCUCAUUUACUUUUAACUCUUCCGCCUAGCUAUGACAGAGUUGCUAGGGAGAUAGAGACCCUACCUGACAAUUGUUUGACAAUAGUAAAUGUCAAAACUCGACUUCUUGAUCAUGAAGCAAAGCUGAAAAUUGUGAAUCAUCGUGCAUGAAAAAGAUUCUGUGGUACAGCUUGAUAAUGUUGCUUUAAAUAAUGUUUCAGUGAAUAUAGAUGCUAUUUCCAGAUCAGAUGGGCAGCGUUAUGAAACCGAUUGACACAUAUAAUAAAAUAAAGGAUAAUAUAAUCCCUCUUAAACAAACUAAAGUCUUAGACUAUGGAAUCGUUAAGAAAUGUAAUUCGUAGUUUAUGUUAAGAGCAUUGCAUCCACUUAAAAUAAAUAAUCAAUAAUUAACUAAUAU